AAGGAACCCAGCCAACACCAGCCCGUCAAACUUAGUGGCAUGAUGGCAACUUGCGUUGCGUGGCGUCUUGAAGAUCGCCGUGGCAAUGUUUUUGACCUGAAGAGCCGGGGAAACGCAGAGGGCAGACUGUUCCAGACACAGGCUGUUGGCGUUCCUUGCGUGAAAGGGCCACUGGAUGAGUGUAAACUGACAUCACCAGACUGUGGAUCCCCUCGUUCUCCCACAGCCACGCCACGCAGUCGGACCACCCCGUGCCGAUCAGCCUCGCCCUACUCGACGCCUCCGCCCGCUCCGCGGCGAGCGCCGCCCACGUGUGAACUGACAUCACCAGACUGUGGAUCCCCUCGUUCUCCCACAGCCACGCCACGCAGUCGGACCACCCCGUGCCGAUCACCCUCGCCCUACCCGACGCCUCCGCCCGCUCCGCGGCGAGCGCCGCCCACGCCAAAGCUGCCCGUUUCGACCACCAGGUCCUCUACCUCAAAUGGUUCUGGAGAGGAUAGCGUUACAUCUCGUGCCCCCCUCGUCGAUCCAGCGUACGUCAAUGUCUGUGGGCCUUUGCACAAGGCCCUGAUCGUGGGAUGUCCCUUCCAGGUGCGGCAGGUCUUGGAGGAGGAUCCCGCUGCGGCCGACAUGCCGUUCAUGGACCAUGACUUUGAGCCGCCCAUUUGCGCCUGCGUGCGUUUGGACUGCUCGGUCGAAAUCCUGAAGCUGCUCCUUGCGCACGGUGCAUCGGUAAAUGUUCGAGAUGUGGAUGGCCAUACCGCCCUCUCUCUCCUUUCCUCGAACUCUUGCAGGUUUCGCCCAUUGAAGGGUGAUUUCUUUGACCCUCAAGCGGCCCAAAUUCGGCAGGAUCAGAGGAUGGUAUACAAGGCCCAGAUCCUCCUGGAUGCAGGAUGUCCGCUUGAUGGACCAGGUGGUAUUGGGUGCCUAGGAUGGGCGCGGCGCACAGGAAACGUGGCGAUGGCCAAGUUCUUGGACCAAUUGAAGGGCGAGGCGCUUCACGAUCGGGCUCCCUGUCCCUUGGCCCGUUCGUGGGUGGCCGAUUCGGGAAUGACAUGGUGGCGGUCAAUGGUCUGGGCCGAAAGGGGAAAAGAGUCGACCAAUGACGCCCAGAUGCGCAGACGUUUGGUCGCUCUACAGCUGAAUGACGCCCACAGGGAGAGAGACAAGAAUGAUCUCCACAUCUACAGCUUUUGA